UACAUUGAUUGUGAUGAUGAUGGUAACAAAUAAUGAUUUGGCAAGAUAAUUUUACUCGUAUUUUUAUUAAAUGGUUGUGUGUUUAUUUACCAAAUGAAUCAAUCGAUCGUUAUGUGUGUGCGUGUAUGGUGUAGCUGACAAGCAGACAGAUUUUUUUUUUUAUUGUUUAUCAUCAAUGAUCGAUUUUUAUCAACAGAUUUUUCUCUUCUCUCGUUUCUCGCUAAUGAUGAUGAUUGAUGUCAAUCAUCUUGAUUUUUUUUUCAAUAUUGAUUGAUCAACUAUUGAUACCCACCAAAGAGAACUGAAACAUAAAACAACUCGUGUGUAUCAUUGUUGUUGUUGUUGAUGUUGAUGUUGAUGGUGUUUGAGUGCGCAGCAUCUUAUUUCAAUAGUUAUGAUCAUCAAAUCCCAAAAUUCGUUGAUAUGAUUCAUAUAUUUUUUUAAAUUAUUGUUACUUGUGUUUAUUGUAUAAUUUUUUUUUUCUUUUCGGCCAUUUAAUGGCUUUUGGCUAUAUUCUUUCUGGCUAAAAUUAAAUAUUGAACUUUUUGGACACAGUAACAGAAUUGCAUUUGUUUUUAUUGAUCUUGAAAUUUUUCUUUUUGUGAAAUCUUUAAAAAAAAUGGAUGGCAAUUCAGAAAGACGCCCACUUCUUUCCACAUCAAGUCAGUCUUCUGGCAAUCAUAUUCCUGAUGUAAUUCCUGUUCCACCAAUUCGACCAGAAGAUUUACCACAAAAUAUUGGAACAAAUAAUCUAUUGGCAUGUUUGGUUUGUGGUUCAAUGAUUGAUAUAACAAAUAAAAAAGAACAACAUGUUGUUAAAUGUGAAAAUUGUAAUGAAGCAACCCCAAUUCGACCAGCACCAUCAGGACGUCGAUUUGUAAGAUGUCCUUGUAAUUGUCUUUUGGUCUGUAAUGAAUCAGCGAUUCGUAUAUCCUGUCCACGACCACAAUGCCGACGUAUCAUCAUAGUGAAGUCUGAUCUACCGAUCAAUAAUAAUAAUAAUAAUCGUUCUGGUGAUCUUGAUUCCAAUUAUGAACAAUCAUCGGUAUCGAUAUUCUGUGCUCAUUGUCAUUGUUCAUUUUUAUUUAGCCGUGAUGAAUGGCUUGCACGUUGUCCACAUUGUCGAAAAUUGUCAUCGGUCAAUCCGAAAUUAUCACGUAUGCGUGGCUUUAUUUUUCUAUCAAUAUCAUUAAUAUUAUUGGUUAUUGCAUUGGGUACAAUAUUCGGCACAAUGGCACGUACACGUCUUGGUUAUGGUGGUUUUAUUGUUCUCGAUAUUUUUUUAGCCAUCAUAUUCAUCUAUUUUAUCUAUCGUACAAUAUUCUAUUUUCGUUUAAAAAUCAGUAAAAGUACACAAAGCAGUGCAUUUACAUAGAAAAAACAAAACAAACAAACAAAAUCAAAUCAACGCACAUCAAUCAAUCAAUCAACAACAAAUGAAUGAAUCACCAAAAAAAAAAAAAAAAAAAAAAAGAAUUAAAUCUAAUUAAUAAAUUAGUUGAUAAUAAUGCUUUCUUCUCUACUACCAUCAUAAUAAUGUAAUCCAUGUUAUUUAAAAAAAAACAAUUUUCAAUGACAAAAUUUAUAUUGCAUAAAAUUCAAGGCAUUUAUAUUGUUA